AGGACCUGAGGAGCAUGGAAGAAAAAGAAUUACAUAGGUGGAAGAGAGUGCUGGGUGGUGCUGGAGGACGAACGCUUGUAUGUGAUUGAGAUUGUCGCUUCUUGUUCACGUUUGACUUUGCUGUUGUUGACACGGUCCUCGACGGAGAAAAAAAGUUUGGAAAAAAAUAAAGUGUGGACGUAGAAGAAAGUAAAGCUAAAGAUGGGGUGUGGCGGUAGUAAAGGCAAAGAUCCCGCCGCGGCCGCGUCAGGAGCGGCUGAGGAGGAGGUGAAGAAGCCGAAGGGCGCCCAGAACUUUUCAGCGGUCGACUUCAUUUUCGAAUCCAAGGGCAAAAUCCAUGACUCCUACAUCUUCGAGGAGAAAAAGCUCGGACAGGGAACCUAUGGUAAGUAUUUCGAUGAUGAAAAACAUGCGACGUUCUCAUCUUCGUCCACUACCAAUUCCUGCCUCGUCUCGUCGCAUUUUUGACUUUUUGCAUCUGCAUUCUGUCGUGAAGUAGACAACUCGAGGAAUUAUCAUUAUGUCAAUUCCCUCUCGCUGCUCUCCACCCUGUGCAACAUAUCCAUAUGGAAAAAUUUCGUCAAUCAUGAAAAUGUAAAUAAUUAUGAUAAUUGCAGGUUCUGUGGUCCGCGGCACACAUAAGGAGACGAACCAGAUCCGGGCGGUAAAGUGCAUACCAAAGGGAAGCAAGCAAGUGAAGAACCUGGACAGAUUUAAGCAGGAGGUCAGCAUAAUGAAGUCUCUCGACCACCCCAACAUCGUAAAACUCUUCGAAUCCUACGAGGACCAGAGAAAUAUCUACCUGGUAAGUUGUAUAAUUACAAUUACAGCGUUGAUGUUGAAUUUCACUUGUGUUUUCGUACGACUACUAUUGCAUGUGCAUGCGCAAAUGAAUCGGAAUGAGUCUUCGGAUGAAGGAGCACACGCUGUUACCGUGGUGGUUUUCUGUUUUUGGUACUACGACAUCGCAUAGCAAAAACUUAAACUACAGUGAAAAGAUACGUGCAACAAGAGAUGCGACUUCUCUCUCCUUGAUGCACUAUUUCCAGGUAAUGGAGCUGUGCCAGGGCGGGGAGCUUUUUGACCGAAUCAUCGAUAGUGAAAAGUUCAACGAGAAGGAGUGUGCGAUACUGAUGCGGCAAAUUCUCUCCAUCGUCCACUACAUGCACGAAGCGGGCAUCAUGCACCGCGACAUCAAGCCCGAGAACUUUCUGCUCAAGGAAGACCGAGCGCCCAUCGCCGACUCCACGGUAUCAAAUGUAAAAGUGUCUGGGUCUGCGUCUGGAAGAAUUCAUGUUUGUCAUGCUUGUCUGGCAUGACUCUUAAAUCUGUCAUGCACGUUACCCAAGAGCUCCGCUUUUCUCUGAUGCAGAAGCGCAGUUUGUCAUGCAGAAUAGGCAACACCUAGGAGAUUAGAAACUUGUCAUGCUGAGCCAGCACUUGUAGCCUCAACCUCAUCAUGAGACGCCACCCAGCGUCACAAGUUUCCAGACCCAGACAUUUUUACUUUUGAUACACGGUGAAAAUCAUCGAUUUUGGUUUGUCAACCCGGUUCAAGCCCGGAGAGUUUAAGUCAACAAAGGCUGGUAAGUGCGGUUUUAGAUGUGGUUUUUUCAUCGCACAGAAGAUGUAAAGAAGAUGUACGUGACAUGCAUUUUUACCACGUACCUACGCGCAGCUAAUGGUGGAAUUGGCUGAUGAUGUUAUGGUGGAAGUGGAUCAUGUUGCGUACUAUGAAUCAAUGCCAUUCGAUUCCUCUUCAUGCGAGGAUACCUUCGGGAUCGGGACGUGCUCACUUUUUCUCGCACGAAAAACGUGCCUUCCUGUACGUUUCUGGCUGUGCGACCGUAUGUUGAAACAAAUCGAAUAUAAUGGUACUAGGUACACCAUAUUACGUGUCACCACAAGUUCUGAACGGAAAAUACGACCAGUCGUGCGAUAUCUGGAGUUGUGGCGUCAUCAUGUACUACUUUAUGUUUAUUUGCUUCUGUUGGAUUUUUCUGCCGACCGACUCGUCGCCCUAAGAACGACAAAUGUCAAUGCAAAAAGAGCGCUCCUCCUUUUGCCAACGAAACACGAACAACACAACACAGGUAUAUCAUGCUGUGUGGCUACCCACCCUUCUAUGGGGAGAACGACAAGGACGUGCUGGCGCGGGUGCGAUUUGCGAGUUUUACCUUUGUGCAGGCAGACUGGAAGAACGUGACGAACGAUGCAACGGAAUUGAUCACCAAGAUGCUGAAAAAGUCCCCGGUGGACCGGUACACGGCGCGGCAGGCGUUAGACCACGUCUGGGUCUCGCAGAUGGCCCCCAAGUCGGCCUCCAUCUCGCUCAGCGGCAACCUCGUGGGCCCCCUGACCUCUUUCCGCAAUGGCAACAAACUGAAGAAGGCCGCCCUCACCGUGAUCGCCACCCAAAUCUCCGACGACUCCGUCAAGUCGCUCAGGGAACUCUUCUACCAGCUGGACAGCGACAACGACGGCACACUCACCAUCGACGAAAUCACACAGGGACUCGGUACGAAUAAUAUGGUUUUCGAUUUCACCUCCAGCGACGGUUGUUAAAAAUAGAGACGGCCAUCCAGCAGCAUCCUAUCUUUUUGCAUUUUGGUUUUCGUUAAUGGUACAUCAACCCCCGGUUCUUGCUUUCCAUUGCUUUUAGUAGCUAGGGGUUUUGCAGAAAGGACUAGAAUAAGAAUUACGUCGUGAUAUAAACCUUCCAAAAGUAGACCAAAGAUAUAACUACUUACACAUCAAACGCACAGCCAAGGCCGGUCUCCAGGAUAACCAGGAACAGCUAGCGGAGCUCAUCCAGCAGAUUGACAGUGACGGGAGUGGCCGGAUCGACUACUCAGAGUUCCUAGCAGCCACCAUGGACAAGAGGCAUUACAUGAAAGAAUCUGCCUGCUACGCAGCUUUCAAGGUGAGGAUAAGGAAAGAACGUCGAAAAGUAAAAUCGGAAGUAGUUCGGCUCAUGAAAUUGACAUGAUGAUGAUUGUUGACAUUUCUUGAUUUUGAUUUGUAGAGAAUCGGCAACUAAACGUAGUACUACGAAAGCAAAUACAAUUUUUUUCUAAACCAAAUCCACCAGGUAUUCGACCGGGACGGCAGCGGCACGAUCGAUAAGCAGGAGCUGGCGGAUGUGCUGGCGGACGGUGACCUGAAGUCGAUGGUGAGCCAGGAUAUCAUCAGCAAAAUCCUGGCCGACGCCGAUGCAAAUGGCGACGGGGAGAUCGAUUUUGAGGAGUUCAUGGCCAUGAUGCAAAAGGAUUCCGACGAGUCCGGCGGGCUGGUGAUCGACUCGAAGUAA